AUGGCGGUGCCGCUGCCUGAGGUACCCAUGCUGCACGUCUUCUCCUUCCUGGACGCCGCCAGCUUGCUGCGGGCGGGCCAGGUGAGCAAGUACUGGAGCAAGAUGGCGGACGACGAGCACCUGUGGAGGAGCCUGUGUCGGAGCCGAUGGCGCGGCCCCUGGGAGGCCCCGCAGGUGCCCGCGUGGAAGCAGCUCUUCCUGGCCCAGGCCCGGCGUGAGCUCCGCAUGGCGCGGGCCCGGCCGCAGGACUUCUCCUACAGGGAGGCCACGGGCAGCCUCGGAAUCCUGGGGCCGUUGGCGUACCUCUCAGGAAGUGGCCCCUCCCUGACGGGUCAGAAGUCCAUCCUCUGCUCGGUGUCCUCCCGGCGCAUGCUCUACGCCUGGGAUGUGCAGGAGGGCUCCAUGAUCUGGUCCAGCCCCGCCCAGCGGGCCGCCAUCAAGUACCUGGCCACCCUGCCCCAGAGGUCGCUGGCGUUCACCGUGGACCAGGAGAAGGCCGUCAAGGUGUGGAACUGCCGGGACGCCGAGCCCCUGGCCACGCGCAGCAUGCCCAAGCGCUGCUUCUCCUUGGAGCCCGUCCUCACGGACGACAGCCCCGUCCUCAUGGUGGGCGACUCGGAAGGGGACAUCCACACGCUGACGGUGCCCCAGCUGGACAGCGUGUCCCUCGUCCAUGCGUUCAACUACACUGUGGACCACCUGCACUGCUCGCCCAACAGGAAGUGGGUCUUCGCCGGCGGGACUCACCCGCACAUGAUGCCAAAGGUGUUCUCCGCCGAGGGCCUGCUCCGGCCCGGGGACGGCGCCCCGCUCUGUGCCUCCCUCCCGUCCGCGUUUUGCAGCCAGGCCUGCUGGGCCCUGAGGUGCGCCAACAGGGUGACGAUGAUGUUCCGGAGAGCCUUGUUCCGAAGGACCGGGUUCAGCACCUUUGACCUGGCCGCCAGGAGCCCUGCGGGCGGGACCGUGGUGGAAGCGCACCAGGUUGCGAGCUUCAUGCUGCCGGACGGGAUGGAGAGCCCGUUCCGGAUGGGGGUCCGGGACGGCACCACGAUCGUCUUCAACAGCGGCUGCCACCUGUUCCUCUUCUCCAUCCACGGCGGCCUGCUGCAGCGGUUCGACCACCACCAGGACGCCAUCUGCCACCUGUGGAUGGACUCGCUCCACGUCCUCACCGCGUCCAUGGACAACUACCUGCACCUGUACGCGUGGCAGGAGGGCGGCUGCGGCUCGCGCCUCCGGAGCUGCUGUCACCUGGAGCAGAGGCGGGCCGACCCCACGCCCAGCUGCUACUACUCCAUGGCGCUCUGCGACAGCGCCAGCGUGGUGUGCGUGGUGUCCCGGAGCCGCGAGGCCAGCGUCCUGGUGAUGUAUUCUCUGACCCCGUGACCCGGCGGCGCGUGCGGUGCGCCGGGCACCGACUUCCC